AUUUAUUAAAUCAUAUAAAAUUAUUAUUUAAAACUCAAUGUUUAGUCUGAAAUAAACGAAGACAAAGCCCUACGCCUGCAGAUAGCUGUGUGCGGGUCUGUCAUCAUAUUCCCGGUGCUAAUGGUGUUCGCCAUUGAGAUACACCCCAUAAGCGCGUCCAUCGCCUGCACGCUAUACUCAAUUGUGUUUCUCAAGUUAGUCUCCUAUCAUAUGGUGAACUACUGGUGCCGAUUGGAUCGCAAAACUAAUCAUCACAAUAGAGUUAGACGUAAAAGUAGUGACAAUUUGACGGUUCCUAAUAUGGAGACUAUUAUUCUCAACAAUAUUGGCCACAAUCAUCAUAAUAAUACUAAUGUUAAAAAUAAUAAAAAUGGUGAUAAGGUGUUGAAUGGCCAGGCACAAACUAGGCCACUAGUCGAAUACCCCGAUAACUUGACAUAUAGAGAUUUAUACUACUUCAUGGCCGCUCCUACUCUAUGCUAUGAACUUAAUUUCCCGCGAAGUGAACGCAUACGUAAACAUUUGCUCAUUAAAAGGCUCAUUGAAAUGAUAUUUUUAGUGCAGCUAAAUAUGGCGCUAAUCCAGCAGUGGAUUGUUCCCACUAUUAAUAACUCACUGAAUCCGCUCAAAGAAAUGGAUUACCCCAGAAUGUUGGAAAGGCUGCUCAAAUUAGCGGUGCCCAACCACUUUAUUUGGCUCAUAUGGUUCUACUGGUACUUUCACUCCACUCUCAACUUCAUGGCUGAAAUACUAAAGUUUGGUGACAAACAGUUUUACCGGGACUGGUGGAACUCAGAAAGUGUCGAGUACUUCUGGAAAAACUGGAACAUACCCGUCCACUCGUGGGCGGUAAGGCAUCUAUACAAACCUCUACUACACAGCGGCUACAGUCGCUACAGCGCCGGUAUUGUCGUGUUUUUUGUGUCGGCCUUCUUUCACGAAUACCUGGUGUCUGUGCCGUUGAAAAUGUUCGGCUUCUGGGCCUUCGGUGGGAUGUUAUUUCAGAUCCCAUUCGCUAUGUUUGUCAGCAAAUACCUGAACGGGUCGGCCGCCAACACUGCUGUCUGGAUAUCCCUAAUCAUUGGACAACCUCUUUGUAUACUCGCCUGUUAUCACGAUUACUACGUUAUACAUCAUAUCAUCUAUUAAUUGAUAAUUGAUGUGCUCUUAUAUUUUAUAUUUUCAC